AUGCUCGCUGCCGACAAUGCCUCGACUCCACAGGAGGAACAACCCACUGUCGACAGCCCAAGCACCAACGGUCCCCUCAACACCAUCAACUUGUCCCUGAAGCGAAUCAGACUCAACGAGGAGACGUCGACGAGCCAUCAACUCAAUGCUUCCAGGACAGACUCCAUCGAACAGGAAUGGGGACCUCUCGAUUUGACCGAGUUGGACGAUAGCGAACUCGCAGGGGAGGCAGAGAUCCAGUCCCCAAGUUCAAAGAAAGCUCGCAAAGAGUCCGAUGAGAACAUUGAUCCAGAGCAGGAUGAUAUGGACGACUUUGUAUCAGCAGGACUACCAAAGGCUUCCAGCAGUGCAGGAGAACCCUCGACAGAUCGGAGGCCUACCGCUUUCACUUCGGCAUCCAUCUUGUCGCACAAGAAGCAAACGAGCAAAAAAUCAAGCUCAGGAAAGGGACCCAAGCCUACUCGGACAGUCAAUGGAAUGGAAGAUGUCUUUUCUCACACCCAGGUCAGGACUUGGUCGGAAGUCCGUAUCAAGACAUGGGAGCAUCGCAGGACUAACGUUGAAGGAUUCUACUAUCGCUUUGUCGAUCCUACAGAGGGCCAGCAGAAUGGGCCUUGGAGCGUAAAGUCAACACAGGAGUUUAUGGUCAGACUGGAAGAGUGGAAAGCGAGGGGUAUCAGAAUUGGUACUUCGUGGGGCAUCUUCAGUAUGAAGGUCAGCAACAAAGCCGGAUACCAAUGCAGUUCGUAUUACAGGAAGCUGCUGGAGACUAAGAAACUUACCGAUCCAGCCUACGCAUGGGAGGGAGGCAAACUGAUCAUGGUGAAUAAGUCUGUUGGGGGUGAGAUGGCUGUCAGUGGACUCAGCGAGAGGUGGGACACCGACGAGGUCAGGGAGAUUGAGGCAAAUAUCAAUCACUGGAUCAAGGAAUACCACAGUAACCCGGCUGGCCGUCCAGUGGCAACAAAGGCCAAGCGGAUCGACUCAGGAUCGUCGAUAAUUUCUGCACUGACCACAAACAGCAACAGCUCGACAACUACCACCACUGCCACUUCUCGAUUCUCAUCCAUCACAACCACGACCUCUCGGUCAUCAACAUCCGCGCAUUUCCGGCCCACGAUAGAGGCGCCAAGAGUCAAGGCCACAACAGCGCCGGCACUCCCAAAGGCGUUGUCUUUGAGACCAGGAAAGCAGCCCAUUGACGAGAGCGAAAUGAUACCCGUCGUCGACAUCAACGACAAGCUUGCAGAGUAUUCGUCCUUCAUGAAAAAAACUUCAACUACAGUGACCGCUACACCAAAAGUCAGGCAACCAAUUUCGCUUACAGUCGCAGGAACAGCAACUUCGUCCUCAUCCUCGAAACCACCAGCCAGGGCCAUUGUCCCUAUAGAGGUCAGGAAAACACCAAUUACUACAUCCAACGUCAAAGGACAGACAGGACUAUCGCUCUUCUGGAAGAACAUCAAGCCAGUCAGAGUAGAAUGUCCUGACGUACCGAAAAUCAUGAUCCCCAAGGAUGUCGAGCAGCGCCCUACUUGGGCCCAUAGGGUUCAGCCAGUCGCAGAUCCAGAUGCAACAGAGGUCGAGGGGUCUACUUACAUGGAAAUCAAGGAUAUGCACGCGUUCGACUGGUCGUCAAUAUCAGAAGGGUUUGACGAGCCCGUUAAUGAUAUUCAGGGCGUAUUGGCUGAUCCACCAUGGAACUUUAUUGUCGAGGACGGUCGCAAUGACGGCGCCUGCCGGCUGACUAUGCCCAAAUUCGGAGAGAUCAUGGAGAAGGCGCUGGAGUUCAUGCCAAACGGCAUUGUGAGUGUGUGGACUCACAAGGCGAUCUUGCCUGAGGUCGUCAGCAUCAUGCAUGGACUCGGCUGUCGAUAUGUCGAGAAUUUGGUGUGGUACAAGACGGCGCUGAACAACUCAGACCUCAAUCGUGCUUCGCCCUACUUUCGAACAACCAAGGAGAUUCUCCUCAUGUUUAAAAAGGGAGAUGGUUUUGAUAUUCGGCAUCAGAGAACAGCGGAUGUGAUUAUGGAUUUUGAGAAACCAACGAGCGCGUGGAUCAAUGAUGACUACACAGAACCCAAGCCCGACAGUGUGUUUGAGAUGAUGGAGAUCUUGUUGCCAGAUGCUCGAUACAUCCCGACGGCGGGGCGGGGGAGGUUGCUUGAGAUCUGGGCUAAGAAGAGCCAGGAACGCCGCACAGGGUGGAUCAGUGUACACGAACUGAAGACCAUUCGGGAGGAGGAGGAGACGAUUAUUUCCACUACGACUGUUGAUGCUGGAGAUGUGGCUGCUGCCAGUGGUGCUGUCAGUUCAGAGGCGCCAGAUCCUUCUCUGACUACAGCAAUGCCGGUCGAGGAUGACAUUGACGACGGCAGCAGCCUGGAUGAGGCGAUCCUUGCCGAGAUUGCAAACGAUAUGGACCUUGACAUGUAG